AUGGCCACAGCCUUGGCCCUUCAGACUGCAAAGAGGCAGGAAGAACUUCUGGAAGUGAAGGUAAAGGAAGAAGAGAAGGACCAUGCCUCUGGGCAAGAAUCUGGCCUAUCAAGAAAUAAUCCUCAUACCACAGAGAUCUUUCGUAGAAGCUUCAGGCAGUUCUGCUAUCAGGAGACCCCUGGGCCCCGGGAGGCUCUUCAAAGACUUCAAGAGCUCUGCCAUCAUUGGCUGAGACCAAACAUGCACACCACAGAGCAGAUCCUGGAGCUGCUGGUGCUGGAGCAGUUCCUGACCAUCCUGCCUGAGGAGCUCCAGACCUGGGUGCAGGAGUACCACCCUGCAAGUGGAGAGGAAGUGGUCACUGUGCUGGAGGAUUUGGAGAGAGAGCUGGAUGAACCAGGAGUGCAGGUCCCAACCCAUGCUCAUGAACAGGAAGAGUUUGUAAAGGAGAAGGCGACUCUAGGAGCAGCUCAGGAGUCUUCAAGUGGCCAGUUCCAAACAAUGGAAUAG